UUUCAGAGAGUUUGUCAACAUUAGAGACUACCGGUGGUUAACAAUCGAUCGUGCGGUAUGAGGGGAAGAUCAACCAUCAGAGCAGACUGCAGGAUAUAAAGAAAGCUGAGAUAGAGUGAGACAUAACAGACCUCCCACAACAAAAUGAAUUGUGAGAAAGAGGAGGGUCUGGAUGACCAGGAGAGGAACAACAGCCUGGACCAAAAGAACCCAGAUCCUCCUCCGAUUAAAGAGGAAAAGAAGGAACUCUGCAUCAGUCGAGAGGGAGAGCAGCUUGUAGUGAAGCAGGAAGCUGAAGACAUCAUCGUCUGGACCAGGGAAGAACAGCUCAGACUCCUGGAUAACAUGUGGAAACCAGAAAUAAACUUACGCAGCACAGAUUUCCCACAACAGCAUGACUGUAAAGAGGAGGUUCUCACAGACAAGCAGGUCUUUAAUCAAGAGAUAAACUCAAGUAUAAACCAGGAUGACCCUUCACAGAUGAAAGAGGAACAGAAGGAACUCUGGACCAGUCAAAAGGGAGAGCAUCUUGUACUGAAGCAGAAAGAAAGCAAGCAUGUGGACUCAACUAGAAAUGCAGAGCUGAAGAAAAGACCUCAAAUAAACAGAAAUAAGCACCUGUCGCAGGCCCGGCAUAAAUCUGAAACAUGUGAAAACUCUGUAAAAUGUGACAUUUGUGGAAAAACCUUUUACUAUAAAUCCUCUUUGACAAGACAUCUAAGAGUUCAUAAAGGUGAGAGGCCACAUUCUUGCAGCACCUGUGGGAGAGGAUUCAGUCAGAUGAUAAACUUGAAAAGUCACAUGAGAGUCCACACAGGUGAGAAGCCAUAUUGUUGUAGCACCUGUGGGAAAACAUUUAGUUUCUCAUCACCCUUCAGAAGCCACCUUAGAAUUCACACAGGUGAAAAGCCACAUUUGUGUGGCACUUGUGGAAAAAAAUUCUACAAGAAAUCAGACUUGGAAAGUCAUAUAAAAGUUCACUCGGAUGAAAAGCCCCAUUCUUGUAGCAUGUGUGGUAAAAGAUUCAAGCAUAUGAUAAACUUGAAAGUUCACAUGAGAAUUCACACAGGUGAGAAGCCUUAUUCUUGUAGGAUCUGUGGGAGCAGCUUCAGAAAGAAAUCAUCACUGGAAUGUCACGUAAGGAGUCACACAGGCGAGAAACCAUUUGCUUGCAGCAUCUGUGGGAAAGGAUUCACCCAGACACCAAAUUUAAAAAUUCACAUGAGAAUCCAUACAGGUGAGAAACCAUAUUUAUGUAGCACAUGUGGGAAAAGCUUUAUUAGCUCAUCAGAGUGCAAAAAACACAUGAGAAUCCACACGGGGGAAAAACCAUAUUCUUGUAGCACAUGUGCGAAAAAAUUCACUUAUAAAUCAGGACUAGAAACUCACACGAAAAUUCACACAGGUGAGAAGCCUCAUUCUUGUAGCACCUGUGGGAAAAGCUACGCUACGAUGGUAUACUUGAAAAUUCACAUGAGAAUACACACAGGUGAGAGGCCAUAUUGUUGUACUACAUGUGGAAGAAGAUUUAGUAAUUUAACAGGAUUCAAAAAUCACAUGAAAAUUCACUCAGGUGAGAAGCGACAUGUUUGUAGCACCUGCGGGAAAGGAUUCAUUCAGCUACAAAACCUGAAAAGGCAUAUGAGAACUCACACAGGUGAGAGGCCAUUUUCUUGUACCACCUGUGGGAAAGGAUUUUGUGGCCUGUCCGGUUUAAAAAGACAUAUGACAGUACACACAGGUGAGAGGCCGUAUUCUUGCAGCACCUGUGGGAAAUCAUUUAGAGAAUUAUCAACAUUGAAAACUCACAUGCGAAUUCACACAGGUGAGAAGCCAUAUUCGUGUGGCACCUGCGGGAAAAGUUUCAUUCAGUUAGCACAGUUGCAAAAUCACCUGCGAAUUCACACAGGCGAGAAGCCAUAUUUGUGUAGUACUUGUGGGAAAAGAUUCCGUAAUGUUACGAACAUGAAAUCUCAUAUGACAAUUCACAUGACCACUGGUUAAAAGUUUCCUGAUUAAGAAAUGUGUCGGUGUAGCAUGUGUGUUAAUAUUAGAGCCAGCGAUGACAGUGCAAAUCACACCUGUGGGAUAAAAUAUGAUUAUCCCACAGGUAUUAUACGCUCAAUACGGCAUAUAUUUAUUUUCCACAAUAACUAACUGUAACAAUUGUUUAUUCUAUUAAUUGUCUUAUUGAUGCAGGGGAAACUCUGGUUUUAUAUUUGUCUGAAUUCAUAUUUUUAUUGUUUUAGGCUGUAGAGGUGACAAGCGCAAGUUGUAGAUAAACUUGUUCCACUAAACAGCUUUGUUAUAGAGAAAGAAGCUUAGAUAAGUUUGGUUUUUUGUCACUUGUCGCUUAUUAUGGCAAAUAUUUAAUUUCUCUGUUGUUCAGAGGUUUCACUGCACAAUAUUAAAAGCAGGGAAGUGUCACACAGAAGACACAAAUAUAUCAUGAACUUGAGGAACUUGAUGUUCAUUUUCAUGAAAAUUUAACUUCAGAAGAUGCUGAAGGGUUUUGAGUUUUAUAAGGUUUAAAUAAAGAUGUAUUUUAAACUCAUGACUUUUUUCUGAGUUGUAAAGUGAAGUCCCUACAAUAAUAGAGAGAAAACGCCAACAGUCACACGUCCUUCUAUAAACAAGAACUUGGUGUAAGUGGGAAGGAAAAACUCUUUACCUUAAAAAAUUGUGGCACUACAUGCAGUGGUGCCAACAUUAGCCAUGUUAGCAUGUUACCGUUAACAGGUGGUCAGGCUGUCCACAGGCAAAGACUCUGAGAUUUGGCUCUCCAUUUCACAGCAGAGUCCUUUCGCAUUCUUCACAUAUCCGUGUUGGGUAGAGUGUAGAAACAGCCACUGAAUCGCAUUUGUCAAAUGAGGUUUUUUUUGAGAGUUUAAUUCUUUUUUUGUGAAAUCCAUUUUCGAUUUGACGUAUUUAUCAGUGGAUUAAUCAAUCAUUUUGAAAUAUUGAUUUAUAAAUACUGUUUUUAUUUAAAAUGUAAUUAUUAAAAAAUAAGUUACUUUUGUAAUGUUUAAAUAAAUAAAAUAAUUAAAAAAAAUAAAUUCGUAACUGAAUUUGCAAAUGCAUUUUAUUGCAUUAACAAUUCAAAAUUGCAGCAUAAAAAUUUUUUGGGGUGUGUGUGGCUCUUGUGGUCCUCCAUAGUCAUGUUGCUCAAAUUACUUGAUCAGAGAUUCAUCCAGGAAUCAUCUUGAUCGCAAUCAACCAAUAACUCGAGUAAUGUGACUCCACUAAGUUGGUUGAGUGUGUGUCUUUAUUCUGGUCCUUGAUUUUGUAAACUUUCUAUUUCUUUUUGUCAAAAUGUUGGCCUUAGUUCCAUGUUUUUCCGUUAAUCAACAAGGUUUAAAAUGGCUUUAGGUUAACCAAACAGGAAAAUAUCCACUUUGGGGUUUUCCCAUUAAUCCAGACAAAGGGUUGUUUUUUUCUGGUCAGUGAACUGUAACUUUGUUUCUUUAUGAAUAAACUGUAACACCUGGAACUUGUCUGAGUUAACCAGAGCUGCAAGUAAUGUUUUCUUUUACACUUGGGUUUGUUUAAUAUAUAUGUAUAUUAAAGCACUUAAGUGUUGUUUUUUUCCUGUUGUGUUGUAAUUGAUAAUUUGUGCUUGAUGAGUUGCGCAAAUGUAGGCUUCAUUGAUCUUUCAGAGUACAGCUUGGGAAUAUGUCUUCAAAUCAAAAUCAUGAUCAAUGAACAUUUUACCAUGAUUAUGAGUAACCCUUUCAUGCAUGAAUUAUGACAACCUCAAUCUGGAUUUUUUUUCUUAAGUAUUUUCACUCAUCUUUAGGCAUGAAAAAAAGAUUUUUGAACUUCAUUUUUUAAACAUGUACUUUUCAAAGUUUUUUUCAUGUCCAUUUAGGUGGACAACAUCACCUUUGGAGUGGGUGGCAGGUAUGGAGUGACACAUCAGUGUCCAAUGUAGUGGUUUAAGUAUACCAUUAACACUGACACAAAUACAAGAAAAGAGCCUUUGAAUAGCUGUCCACUGUAGUGACCACUAUGCGUGAAAGCAUUAAUGAACAAUUUUUACAUAUAUAUAAAAUACAUCUCAUAGAUAUAAUAUUGUUCUUGCCCUCACUAAAUAUAUACUUUAAAUAUGCUAGUAAAGCUUAGAUUUUCUUUCCAUAUUUUGAUGAUAGUAUUACUCUUGGUCACUGAAACAAUUUUUCUCCCAGUUUCCCGUUUUCUUCUAUUUGUUUGAGUCUUGAAAGGGUUUGAACUGCAGGAGGGGAGGGCUUCUGUGGACACACACACACACACACACACACACACACACACACACUGCGCCUGAGAUUACAAUUAAGAACAUCCCCUAUUAGUGACGAAAAAGAGCCAACAGGAGAAAAAAAAACUUAAUAGUGACUUUCUGUCAGGGCAAGCAAAGCAGGCACUACAUGCCCAAACACAUAUUAUCUAAAAUCUGAGUGGCCACAAUCUCUCUUCUUGCAUCUCAAACAGCAUUCUGUCAUAAAGCAUCUUGCCUAUUUGCAUACUUUAAAUUACUGCCAUCUUGUGACAGUGAUCAGUUUUUCAGUUGGUCAAGUUGAUCUUCGUUCAACGAGUUUACUUUGACAUUAACCUCCUAGGACCUGGCGUCCACAUAUGUGGACAUUACAUUUUGGGUUAUUUAGACCAAAAUA